UAUUAAUCGCAAAUGACAAUUUGACGGUGUGCAUGUGACGUCGAUACUUUUUACUGUAUCGUAUAAUGUAUGUCUAACGAUUUUAUUAUAAAAAAAGAAAUGGAUACGGUGCACUUCUCAAUGAUAAAACAAAAAUGUCAGAAUUAAUGGAUAAUUCUGCAGAAAAGAUAGAUGUAAUUCUUCCUAGGCAAAGUUUGCUAUACCAGGAAGAAAAUUUGGAUUAUAUUCUUUGUAAACCUAAAUUAAUUCCAUUAAAAUCAGUUACUUUAGAAAAAUUAGAAAAAAUGCAAAAGGAUGCAGAGUUAAAGAUUCGGGAAGCGAUAGAAAAUAAUAAUGCAAAUGAUAAUGAGUAA